GGUUUUCCACUUUCGUGAUCGACGCACUCCUACGAUUACACGGCUGCAUAACGGCAGCAGCUCUAAGCCGAUGAUCUGUCCAUGAGCAUGGUCAUUCUACGAAGUACUCUCUUAAGGAUCUCUGUUGCUGCAGUUAUUCUGUGCAUAGUGCUAGUACGGUCAGCGUACGGUAGCAGUGGUGUCUCUGCACGGAAAUGUUCUAGAAAUAGCAUAAAUCUUGGAAAACUCAUCGACACUUUGCUCACUGAUUACGAUGUGCAUCUUUUGCCAGAAUCUGAAGGUGUAAAUGUAACUAUCGAGCUGCAUGUGCAGGGUGUUUCCGGAAUUUCGGAGAUCACAGGUGAUUUUUCCCUGGACGUCAUGUAUAGUGAAAUAUGGCAAGAUCCUCGACUUGCAUUCAAACAUCUAAAUGUUUGCGCUACAAAUAUCACUUUGAAGUCAGACUUCCGAAAGAAAAUAUGGACGCCAGAUACAUGCAUAAUUAACAGCAAAUCUAGUUCAAUUCAUAGCUCACCUUCAGAAAAUACAUAUUUGAUCCUGUAUGAGAACGGCUUGGUUUGGAGCAACUUUAGGCUGAAUGUCAAAACUCCAUGUUCCGUAAAUCUCAAGAUGUUUCCCUUUGACUCAUUAUCGUGCGAAAUCGUACUGGAAAGCUAUUCAUUCAAUACAGAUGAAGUGCGCUUACUCUGGCAUGAUGUGCCGAUCACUAUGAUGGAAAAGGUUGAGCUACCAGAUUUUGAUUUAAUUGGCUGGUCCACUGAUCAUCAACGACUAGAGUAUCCCAACGGCAUCUGGGAUCGAGCAAAGGUUAAAUUCACAUUUGCACGACGUUACGGGUUUUAUCUCUUCCAAUCUUAUUUCCCUACGUCGUUAACAGUCAUAAGUUCAUGGGUUGGCUUCUUCUUCGAUGUUCGCUCCGUUUCUGCCAGAAUUACACUGGGUGUCUCUUCAUUACUGGCACUCACCUUCCAAUUUGGUAACGUUUUACGUCACCUGCCACGCGUCAGCUAUAUCAAGUGCCUUGACGUAUGGAUGAUAUUUUCUGUGAUUUUUAUAUUUUGUACACUUGUUGAAUUAGCUAUUGUCUGUCAACUGAACAGAUGGGAACGAGAAAGGCAAAUUGGCUCCAAAGUGCUUGGUCACUGGCUCAACCAAAUUCGAAAAGAACGACGAUCUAUUGCCUUAAGGAAAAACCGACGGCAUAUAGAAACACGAGCAAACGGAGAAGGUAUAAAAAAACGACAAGUCCCCUCCAUCAUAACCAAGGCCAACUCACAUUCGGCCGAGUCCCCAACUAAAAGCACGCAGAAUACGGUACUUGCACAAACAGCCAAUUCUGUGAUACAUCAAAACAAGACAGCUGACAUUGCCGAUGAAGGUGACAGCUUUUCGUUUGAUGACGAGGAAAAGAAGUUGGGGUGCUUCUGGAACGUGGUCCAACGCCUCGUCUACGCGAUCUGUCCACCGGAUAGAGAUUGGACUGUCACAUCAGUGCAGGUAGAUCGGUGCUCAAUGAUCAUGUUCCCGUUGUCGUUUCUAAUAUUCAACAUUGUAUACUGGUCAAUUUACUUCAUGAAGAUGGAUCGACCUAUGUGAUUGCUACGCUAAUAAUGGACAUCUCCUUGACAGCAUAGAAUGUUGACUAAUUUUUACUACAAAAACCUCUAUUUGUGAUCUCAGUAUGUUAUGACCCGCUGACGUCAGUUAGCAUUAUUCUUUGAGUUUUAUCCGCA